AUGUCCCCACAUGUAGGAGACAUAGCCGCUCUGAUUAUCAUCGGCUUCGCACUAUUCGUCACCUUAGUGAUAUACCUACUUGAAUAUUUGAUUAUUACACGCAUGAGAGAUGAUGAUGAGCAGGAUGAAACUCAACGGAGCCGGGAAAUAGCCCUUACGCUCGUCACCACACCCCCACGUCCAGCAGAGCGCCGGAGUCGGGUGGCAGGCAAGGAGGAAUUGGUUCUCGAGAAAUACUCCAAAGAAAACUCAAAAGAUGACUACGGCGGCGAUAUGAUAUGCCUGGAGGAAUACAAAGACGGCGAUACGAGGGCGGUGAUCACGGCAUGCAACCAUAGGUUUCAUGCUGUUUGUAUCAAGACAUGGUUGGUGCAGAAUGAUACUUGUCCACUUUGCAGAACUCUUGUCGUUUGA